AUGAACCCAACUACUCCUCUUCACGAGGAUACUCUCACUUUCGAGAUCAACCCAACUUCUCCUCUACAUGAGGAUACUCUCACCUUCGGGAUGAACCCAACUACUCCUCUACAUGAGGAUACUCUCACUUUCGAGAUGAACCCAACUACUCCUCUACACGAGGAUACUCUCACUUUCGAGAUGAACCCAACUACUCCUCUUCACGAGGAUACUCUCACUUUCGAGAUGAACCCAACUACUCCUCUUCACGAGGAUACUCUCACCUUCGAGAUGAACCCAACUACUCCUCUACACGAGGAUACUCUCACUUUCGAGAUGAAUUCAGCUACUCCUCUCCAUGAAGAUACCUCUAAUGGUCAACCUCCUGAAACCCCUCAUCAUGAAAUUCAAAGAUGUAAAAGAAACACUCCCUGCAAACUACCAGGAUGCAUGAUCUGUCAAACUCCUACUAAACCAGGUUCCUCAAAUCCACUGGUUUCCCCAACCUAUCCUAACCCUCCUAUUGAACCAGACCCUCUGUCCAGUCAGGGGUUCCAACCAACCCACUCGAACCUGAUCCCCCAACCAAUCCCAACCCUUCGACCAAUCCAGCUCAUCCGAUUGAACCUGACCCUCUCGCCAAGCCGGCCCGACCCAUCGAGCCUGAUCCCCAGCCUCACCUCGGACUCCACAGAAGCGAGGAAUCUAGCUCCAGCUCCUAGUUCCAGACCAGAGCCUGCUCAGGAUGAGUUCCACGCAGAUCACACCAAAACUGAGCAACUGAAUUGCAUUCUAAGCUCAAACUAG